GGGUACGUACUGGUACGUAGCGAGGAGCGUGUGCUCCCGAGUUCACCUCGUAGAGAUCUCGACGGUGAGAAGAAUGGCAACGGCGCAUCGUUCACCAAAGCGAGAGGCGAUGGAACAAGAACAAGGAAGGCGGUGAGGCGGACGGCUGCGGGGCCAUCGGAAUAGGCGGGAGGCGGCGGCGGGCAGCGACGGGAGGACGGCGGACUCUCGCCGAGGCAUAUACAGCGGAUUGGCACGAAGAAGUGGGAAGCACAUGCCCAGCGGCGGCGCCCCUCUCGCCGUCUUCCUCGUCUCGUCCCUCAAGGCCGGCGCGCGCCCCCGCCACGGGGAGCAGCUCCACGCGCUCGCCGCCAAGUCGGGCCUCCUCGCCUCCAACCCCUUCGUCCGCAACUCCCUUCUCGCCUUCUACGGCCGGCUCCCCUCCCCCCAGGCGCCGGCGCUCGCCCACCACCUGUUCGACGAAAUACCCCUGGUCCUCCGCGAUCCCGCCGCCCACAACAUCCUCCUCGCCGCUCUCGCCCGCGCGGGCCGGCUCGACCUCGCGCGGCGCAUGCUCGCGGAGAUGCCCCAGAGGGACACCGUCUCGUACACCACCGUCUUGACCGCCCACGCGCGCGCCGGCCACGCGGAGGACGCCGUGGCGGUCUUCCGCGGCAUGCUCGCCCAGGACGUGCCUCCCAACGAGGUGACCCUUGCGGGCGUGCUCACGGCGCUGGCCCAGGAGAGGCCGCCGGUGCCGGUGGGUGUGGCGCAUGGAGUCACCGUGCGACGUGGGCUCGACGGGUUUCUCAUUGUGGCCACCAACCUGGUCCAUGCUUAUGCGGCAGCGUCACAGGUUUGUUAUGCCCGUGAGAUCUUUGAGCAGAUGCCAUAUAAGAACACAGUCACUUGGAAUGCCAUGCUUAACGGCUAUCUGAAGACAGGGAUGGUUCAUAUGGCUGCUGAGGUAUUUGGGAGGAUCCCGGAAAGGGAUGCAGUCUCUUGGCUGACGAUGAUAGAUGGGUAUAUCCGUGCAGAUGGUACAUCAGAAGCCCUGAGGGCAUAUGUUGCCAUGAUGGCUGAGGUGGACACGAGGGGCAAUGCGGCGCUGCUUGUUGAUUUGAUAAAGGUGUGUGCUCGACAUGCUGCGGUUUUAGAAGGGCAGCAACUACACACAGUCAUUCUGAAGGAUGGUUUUGAUGCCCAUCCGUUUGUACAAGCGACCCUUAUCCAUUUCUAUGGUUCCUGUGAUCGUCUUGACCUUGCCCGGAUGCAAUUCAAAUUAUCAGACAAGUCACACAUUGCGUCUUGGAAUGCUCUCAUGUCUGGUCUACUACACAGGAACCUAAUGCGUGAAGCAAGGCAACUGUUUGAUGACAUGCCUGAGAGGGACACCAUUUCAUGGAGUACUUUCUUAUCUGGGUAUGUACAGAGUGGACAUUCAAACAAGGCUUUGCAGUUGUUCUACUUGAUGCUGGGUGCUGGUGUUGAACCGAAUGACGUCACUUUGGCAAGUACUCUAUCCGCAGUUGCUGAUUCUGGCACAUUGGAGCAAGGCAGAUUUAUUCAUGACUAUAUAAUCAGCAAAUCAAUCCAACUUACAGACAACCUGAGUGCUGGACUGAUUGAUAUGUACGCAAAGUGUGGUAGUGUUGCUGAUGCAGUUCAAUUAUUCAGUUAUGUUAAGCAUAAGUUAUCUUCUGUGUCUCCUUGGAAUGCUAUCAUCUGCAGUUUAGCCGUCCACGGCCAUGCACACACGUCGCUUGAACUGUUCUCAGAACUACGAAGCACCAAUAUUAAGCCCAACUCAGUCACAUACAUUGGUGUCUUGAAUGCAUGCUCUCAUGCUGGGCUGGUAACCGAAGGGAGGCACCAUUUUGAGUCCAUGAGGAGAGAAUAUGGAAUCCAACCAACAAUUAAACACUAUGGUUGCAUGGUUGAUCUUCUUGGUCGAGCUGGACACUUGGAAGAGGCAGAAAAUCUUAUCCAGAUGAUGCCUAUGAAAUCGGAUGUGGUGAUAUGGGGCAGCAUCCUUGCAGCCGCGAGGACACAUGGAAAUGUAGCCUUAGGAGAAAAGGCCGCGGAAGAAUUGGCCAAGAUUGAUCCAAACCAUGGAGCAUCCAAAGUGGCCUUAUCUAAUAUCUUUGCUGAGGCUGCUCGCUGGAAUAAUGUGUCCUUAGUGAGGAAGGAACUCCAGGGUGAAAAUAUGGAGAGGUUUUCUGGAAGCAGUGGAGUUGUUCAGUAAUAGUAUCUAUCUUACAGUCUGAUGGAUAUGCCUCAUGGUGGUGCAUUUACUCUUGAAUCAAGACAUCUUUCUCCUCUCGUCAAAGGUUGCUACAAAACAAUAUAGCUCCCAGUUCAGAUGUGGACUAAUCAAAUACAAGCUGCAAUGAGCCUAGGCUGUUCAGUAACAUUGUUAAGCGAAUAUUUCGACAAAAGGGAUUUUACUACUGCCAUUGGUUGCUACUCUUAGUUUGUUGAAGCUGGUACCAUGAUUUCGCCCACAAUUUAUACCAGGCGUCAGUUGUCAUAUCGUGAAUGACAUGCCGUGAUAAGUUCUGGCUAAUGCAGUGCAGACUCUGUUGAUAAGGCCAAUAGAAAAGGCACUUCAAUUUUCCCUGACCCAAUCUAUUUGAUGAGGAAAGGUGUGUAUCAAGGAAAAUUAAACAGGAAUAGGCAUUUUCCUUUUGACCAUUGCCCUGCAAACUCAGAAUUCUUGCCUAUAAUUAUUUGGGCUGCAAUAGGUGAGCUUAGGAUACUGUUUUCAAUUUUCUAACCUUUUCUUUUCUGUGCAAGGGCGAUAAUAUGUUUGAAGAGUGAAUCAUUUAUCACCCAUUGUAUUUGUGUAUGCUGACAUAUGGAAGAAAGUGCUAAGUUGUAUAGAUGAUUCUUCAUGUAGCCACAGAUGGGGGAAAAUAUUCUUGUGUAACAUAAACUAAGUGAAGCAGCAAGCUUUUUGCUUGACUGGGUACGAAGGAAGAUGCUGAUAUACUCGUCACUUUAAUCUUAGUUUUUGGUUAGACAACAGUUGAAUACUUUUGUUUCAGUAAUACUCCAACAUUAGAACUUGUAACCCCAGAGUUUUUUUUUAUCUUAGUGAUGCCAUUGCUAUGGUCUAUUAGUAAC